AUGCUGGAAGCGGCCCUGUCUCUUCAGCAUACGUUCUUCCCGGCCCAUCUUCAAGUGUACUUCGCUAUGCCCCGCCCUUUUGUUGCGCACAACGUUGGUCGUUUUCGCUACGACCACGCAGCUGCCUCUACACCAAGACUCGACAAAUCAACCGCCGGAGAUUCCAAGUGUGAGGAAGGUUCUCGUGCUUUGGAAGCACAACACGGCGAGUUGGCAUCGCGGUGCCAUGAUUCGCCACCACGAUACCAUAGCGCAGGAGCAAGCCAUCACAACUCUGAAGCUGGAUCCCACGAGAUAGAGGACCUUCUCCGCGCCAUUCUCUCUGGUUCUACCGUGAACUCUGGGAAUAUGCAUGGAUCUGUCAAAAUAGUGAUCAAUGGGCCUGUCUACAUUGGGCUCCGUGGGCCUGUCGACAACGAGCUUUGUGGGCGUACUGAUAUCGAGAUUCGUGGGCCUAUCGAAAUCGAACGUCCAACGACUAGUUCGGAAAAUCCUGGACGACAGCCACGAGACGGUCGUGUUCUUUUCCUCUGGACGACCAACCGGCUUGUACGAACUCCGAUCGGUGCAGUCCAUCGCCUCGUCCAGCACCGACUUCGACACACAAACCGGCAACCGAAUCGAUAA